UUGAUGGAAAUGCAUUAUAUUUUCAGCUCAUAGCAAUGGCUUUAUUAAACAUUUCAGAUAUACUAGCCAUUGUGUUUCUCAUAACCGUAACAGUGCAAUGUUGUACAUGGAACACCUACGGAGACUGUGAUGAUUGGGAUACUUGCAGCCAAAGUUGUGGGGGAGGACAACAUUGUCAUACGUGUUAUUCAUGUGCCUUGGGAUUGAGUAAGAGAUUUUGUGAGCCCUGCAAUAACCAUUGUUACAAUGGUGGCUGGUAUGCCGGCGGAUGCCAUUGCACGGGAUGGAGGACAGGAAGAUGUUGUGAAACAUGCCAACAAAUCUACAUCCAACACUGUAUUGGACAACAGCAGUGUGGUGGGUCGCCUGAAGGCAUCAUGUGCACACAGUGUGAAGAUCCGCACUAUUCAGGAGUAUAUAAUGGAGGAUGCAAAGAAUGCCCAGCCAUCACCCAGUGUAAUCGCCGAAGCUGUACAACUGCCUACAACACUGUGUGCAAAGAAUGCAAUCAAAACAAUGCUAUAUUCAAGAUAUGGAACGGAGAUAGGGAAUGCCAACGUAUGUGUGCGUGGAACAACCACUAUUGCUGGCCUGGAACAUGCAGCACAACCAACCUGACCAAAGAUUGUGAAUGUGCAGCAGGCUUUGUUAGAAAGUCAACUGUUGAUUACAGUUCGAUCAAUGCUGGAGAAACAACAUGUCAGCCCAACACGCUUCCUGAUAUCUUGACAUGCGAUACUGUGGCAGUCGGGCCGAACGGCGAAAAGAAACGAGCAAUGACAACUAGCAACUCAAUGGCAUGUCAAUACCUAGCGGACAUGUACGGCUACUACCAACCGAGUACUAUGGAGUUUAAAAUGUCUUCUGAAUUUUCUGUAAAUAUUUCACUUAGCAAACCACCUUUCAUCGCAGAAGAAACGUUUGGAAUCAGCGAUACAACAAUAACAAUAAAGGUCCAGGCUGUGACAGGUUCUUAUGAAGCAAAGUCAAUAUAUACACAAUUGGUUGACACGUCAUCCAGCACAAGCGUGGUAAAAACACAUCACGACUCGGGAAAUAUAACGGUCAACCAAGCGAAGUAUAAUCUACAAAAUGGAGAAGCACUUUGUUUGGAGUUUGAAGCAAAGGCAGGAGGCUACUUAAAAGAUAUGAUACAAGAGAAGAAAUGUAUACACCAUCAGGACCGGUUCCUUACACGAAGGUGACAAAACAAAGAAUAGUAUGUUACAGAUACGAUAACGCACCACCAGAACAUUGUUCCAUGUUGGGAACAUGCUCCUCAGAACCCAUAACACUUCAGAAGCGAGUUACACAAUCCACACUGUCGAUGGUCCAAUUCAAUGGUUGGGUGGAUCCCAUUCCAAGCCGGGGAGCAAGUAACACAGCAUCGUCAAUUGAAAGUUAUCAAAUAACGGUCAACGAAGUGCCGCCCUCCAACGGAUCUUUGAAAGUUGAUUACACAAAGAACACAUAUACCAGAAAAGUUUCUUCAUCCGCUGUGCAUGAAAUGGAGUUGAAUUUGACAUCCAAUUCACCGCGACUGUAUUGUAUAACACUAGAAGUCAAGGAUAUAGCAGAUAACGUUCGACAAAGUAGAAGGUUUAUGUUGUACGACAACACGAGUUUCAUUGAAACUUGGAAAGACAAUCCCUAUAAAUUUGAUUCAGCAUCGCCUGAGACGAACUUCACCUGGCAAACACAUCACAAUGACAUUUGUCUGAAUUGGAAAAACUACUUCAUUAACAUGUUUUAUUUGCAAAAUGAACUUUUAAAUAAAAUAGAGUCCGAGCCCCAUGGUCAUAUUACCGGCGUAUAUGAACAGACAACUGGCCUUCUCCCCGUGGGUGGUACA